AUGCCCUAUGAGCCCCUUCCUUCACUCUUCCCAGGCACUCUUGAGGAGGAGGUGGAGGAGGAGGAAGUGGUCGCACCUCCUGCUAUGCCCUACGUCCUUACCUCAGUUCCCACCCCACCUCCUCCUACGGUGUAUCCUCGUGUGGGGGGGACAGUGGUGCCACCGUCUGUGGUGAACACCGACGGGCAGCGCCUUGUGACUGAGCAGCUGCAGGACGAGAGCAUCAUGGAUGGAGUGCAGCAGAGUGGGGGGCAGGAGAUAUGGGAGCAGAAGACAGGGGAGCAGCAGACAGGGGAGCAGCAGAUAGGGGAAGAGCAGAUUGGGGAGCAACAGAUGGUGGACCAGCAGCCAAGGAAGCAGCAGACAGGGGAGCCGCAGACAGGGAGCAAAAGAUGUGGGGAAUUAGAGAUGGUGGUCGUGUGUUGGUUUCUGGGAGGAUCACUGCACCGCUGCGUCGCUCCACUCGCAUCACUUGUGGUGUCCCGCCUGUUAAGUAUGCUUGGGCAGUAG